AACAUUCUAUUGUUUACACUCGCGCAUGUCAAAUCAGAAAACACCAAAGGACCCAAAAUGGCGGAUAGACCCAACACUGCUACCAUAUGACUUCAACAUCGAAAAUUUCAAACGAAAGUAUCAUUUCAGGGCAAGAAGGAAAGCAUUGAAAAGGUAGCGAAGAUCACAACAACAGGUAUCAGUGAUACACCAACACAAUAAUCACUGUCAGUUCUAAAGGGAAAACACCAAAAGCAACAAUGAGUUCUCUAAAGUUCAAGAAUCACGACGGAAACAUGUACAAUGGUUACCAUGCCAACGAACGAACGCACAACCGCAACAACCGCCAUAGAGGGUCAUCAUUCAAUUCAACACCGCCACAGAAAAGGGAAACUGGAAUCAUCGAAAAAUUGCUGAACAACUAUGGAUUUAUUGAAUACACAAAUCAAGAUGCAAGGAUAUUUUUUCACUACAGUGAGUUUAACGGAGACCCACAAGCUUUGCAAGUUGGAGAUCCUGUUGAAUUUACAGCUACAUCUGACUACAAGAGCAACAAGACCGUUGCCGUCCGGGUCCGGCCACUUCCAGCCGGAUCUGUUGCAAUUGAUACAUUUUGUGACAGCCCCGUUAUCGGGGUUGUUGAAACCGAGGCUCGGCCCAGCUCCUCCGGUCCGUCAUCAGAGCCGUGCCUUGGAAAUGUCAGCUAUGAUCGUAGCGGGGAAGUGUUGUUCCUUCCCUUUGCACUGCGUGAUAUUGAGAAAGGAGGAACACUCACAAAGGGCGAUCGUGUUUCGUUUCUUAUUGCAACUGAUAAGAGAAAUGGAACUCUGAAAGCCCGGAAGCUUGUGCUGAUUGAGCCAGCAGAAAAACCGAAAAGUCAAGGCAUCGUUAGUUCUUUGAAAGACAGCUUUGGGUUCAUUGAACGUGCUGAUGUCGUCUCGGAGAUUUUUUUCCACUACAGCGAAUUUCAAGGAGAUAUAAACGAGUUAACGAUUGGUGAUGAUGUUGAGUUCGGAAUGCAGCAAAGAAAGGACAAAGAAGUAGCAAUCCGUGUCUCGAAACUUGCUGCAGGUGCAGUUGCAUUUGAGGAUAUCUCAAAGGAAAAAUUCCGCGGCAAGGUUGUCAAGUCAGUAUCUCAGAGACUGAGUCCACGGAAUUCACUUGAAGGCCAGUUAUCUGGCGUUAUUGAGUAUAAUACUGGAAAUGAUACCAAAGAGGUUUUGUUUGGUGACAGGGAUACUGAAGGUGAUAUUCAGCUGCAGGUUGGGGAUACAGUCGAGUUCAACAUAUCAACAGAUCGACGUGAUGGUCUGCAGAGAGCUGUAAAUAUUGAACUUGUUUGUGUUUCUGUCAAAAAUGGUGAAAUACGUGAAAAUGGCAUCAUCUCAAGUCUCAAGGAUGGAUUCGGCUUCAUCAAAUGUUGUGACCGUGAUCUCAGCUUGUUCUUUCAUUUCAGUGAACUAUUAGAACAGGCAAAGGUCAUCAGUGUUGGCGAUGAAGCAGAAUUUGCCAUUGCACAGGAUGCUCAUUCAGGAAAGCCCAGAGCUACGAGAAUCAGACUUUUACCAAAAGGAUCAGUUAACAUGGAAGUUGUAACACUUGAAGAUUGCCAAGGUGUCGUUGACAAAGAGCCUAUGGGAAGAGGAAACAAAAGGGAUGGCGAAACAGGGAUCAUUCUGUACACAGGAGAAUCAGAAGUGACCCCUGUCCUCUACAGAGCCAAGGAUUGCAAGCUGGGGGAAAACCCUCAGUAUGGAGACAUUGUGAAAUUUCAGUUGCUCACGUUUAAAAGGACAGGUCAAUUUGCUGCUAGAGAUGUCACAGUAACACAAAAGAGUUUGCCAACUCGCCAUUAUGGUUUCAUUUGUGCUUUAAAGGAAUCCUUUGGCUUCAUUGAAUAUGCUAAUCAUGAAAAAGAAUUGUUUUUUCACUACAGUGAGCUUAACUGUGACCCGAAUGAGCUUGUUCUUGGCGACGAAGUUGAGUUUUCGGUGUCCAAAAAGAACGGAAAAAUUAGCGGAGAGAGAAUAACUAAAAUUCCUAACGGGUCAAUUGUACAAGAAAACAUACUUCCAGAGUUUUUAGAUGGUGUAGUUAUGAAGCCCAUAAGAAUCUGGGAUCCAGAGCAAGAUGAAUACGAGGGUCUGAUUGACAUAACUGACCCAUCGAAAGCAAAUGAAUGUGAAGAUGAAGCGGUGCCACUUCUUUACAGUUUUGGUAUUACCAGCCUCGUUAAUAAGAAAGAGCCAUUGCAGAUCGGAGAUAAGGUCACAUUCCAGAUUGCAAUCGACCAGGCUGGAAUCAAGCAACGUGCUAUGAAUGUGACGUCAGUGCGAGAUCUUUGCAAAGGCAAGGUCGAAUCUGUCAAGGGCCAGUAUGGUUUUAUAUCAUACGAGGGUGAAAACUGCAAAAACCUCUUCUUCCAUAUCAGUGAGGUCGUUGACGAGGAAACUGACCUUCAGGCUGGGGACUCAGUUGAAUUCGUCAUAGUUAAAAGUCACAAAAAUGCAAAACAAAGCGCCAUACAAAUCCGAAAAAUACCAGGGGAAUCUAAUUCCAAACCACCUAUCAGAAAAAGAUUGUCACUUCCUCCAGCUUCAAAGACAUUUUACGUUAUUCGUCAGCCAUCACUUCCUGAUGGAACUUUGGGAUUCCACGAGAGAAAGCAGACAUCUGAAGAGGGACAAGAUGAUGAAGAGGAAGAAGAAAAUGAUAAAGACAAUGUCUAAAAAUGCAUCAAUGAUAAUGAUGAUUGAAUUAAGAAAUUGCUUCCAUUUUGAAGUGAUUCUUGCGUUUAUAAAAUUCAAUGAAUACACUCCCCGCACAA